AUGCCUCGUCAACGCUCUUCCGCUCGCGCUCCUUCGCGCCCCACCGUCUCUGCUCCCGCGCCUCAGCAGCGCCGCCCUGCGACCACCAUGGCUGCUCCUCCUCAGCAACACGCUCCUACUGCUAUGGCUCCUCAGGCUUCCCAGGGCCCCGGACUUUUUGGCCAGAUGGCCAGCACUGCUGCCGGUGUCGCCAUUGGCUCAUCCGUCGGCCACGCCAUCGGCGGCCUCUUCAGCGGCGGCUCUUCCGAACCUGCUGCUCCCGUUCAGGCCCAGGCCGAUCCCCAGCAGCAGCAGCAGCAGUACAACAACUGCGCCGGUGCCGCCCAAAACUUCACAAAGUGCCUCGACGAGAACGGCGGCAACAUGCAGAUCUGCAGCUGGUACCUGGAGCAGCUCAAGGCCUGCCAGGCUGCUGCCAGUCAGUACUAG